CUCCGGAGCUCGUCCAUGUCAUGACACAGUGCCGCGCAGGAUCGAAGUGCCCCCCUCUGACGCCCCUGCACUCUUUCCCUCGGCCUGCAUACAUGAAAUAUGCCAUGUCCGCAGGAGCGCCCGCUUCUCUUUCUGCUACACUUUGUUUUGGUUUUGGCAGCUGGCCACGAGCAGCUCUCGGACUACAGCAGACUCCUCUCCCUCUUUGCAGAGCAAGAUCUCUCCUCACGCUCAGAGUCAGACCUGUCCGUCGUCCAUCCGGUGAAAAUCAGCCCUGAUGGGGAGUUCAUCUCCCACUCUGUGUCCCAUCACUUCAGGGGCGGCAGGGUCAAACGUGACCUGUGGCCCCUCGGUCUGCAGGAGCAGGUUUACUACCAAGUCAACCACAAGGGUCGCAGCUUAAUGUUCAAUUUGACUGCAAACCAUCACCUGCUCUCGAGCGACUACAUUCUGGAGAGGAGGAACGGCAGCAGCAACAGGACCGAGCACCGCCUCUCCGAGGGGAAUUCCUGCCACCUCCUUGGCACCGUGGAAGCCUCUGGUGUGCGAGGAACAGCUGCCAUCAGCACCUGCAAAGGACUGAGAGGCUUCUUUUCCUUGCCUGAGGGGCACUUUUUUAUAGAACCUGUCCAGAAACGUCCUGGCGAUGGUGCAGAGGCUGCAGAGCCCCACAUUGUCUACCCGAGAUCCACGACAGAAAGUAAAAGAAAGAAGCGCAGUUCUGAGCCCAAAGAGACACCCAGCCCAUGUGGAGUUCAAGAUACGCCAAGUGACUCUGUCCAGGUGGAGAGGGAGAGGGAGGAGUGGGAGAAGGAGCAGCAGAGGGAGAGGGAGGAUCAGGCCCCGGCCCGCUCGCAGCGUUCAGUCAGCAGAGAGCGCUGGGUGGAGACCAUGGUGGUGGCUGACGCCAAGCUCAUCGAAUACCAUGGAAGCGACAAUGUGGAGUCGUACAUCUUCACCAUCAUGAACAUGGUGGCUGGGAUUUUUCACGACGCCAGUAUUGGGAAUGCUAUCCACGUCAUCUUAGUGCGCCUCAUUCUGCUGCAAGGAGACGAGAAAGGAUUAAAGAUCAUCCACAAUGCUGACACCACGCUGGCCAGUUUCUGUGCUUGGCAGAAAAACUUGAAUCCCCAGAGUGACACACAUCCGGCUCAUCAUGACGUAGCGGUGCUGGUCACCAGGAAAGACAUCUGUGCAGGAAGGAAUCAUCCCUGUGAGACUCUGGGUCUGUCCCACCUGUCGGGAAUGUGUCAGCCGCACCGGAGCUGCAACGUCAAUGAAGACUCGGGACUGCCUGUCGCCUUCACCGUCGCUCAUGAAAUGGGCCAUAACUUUGGAAUCCAUCAUGACGGCCAGGGGAAUGACUGCGAGCUGGAGGGGAGACACCCCUUCAUCAUGUCCAGACAGCUGAUGUACGACAGCUCGCCUCUCACUUGGUCUUCCUGCUCCAAGGAAUACAUCACUCGCUUCCUAGAUCGUGGCUGGGGUUUCUGUUUGGAUGACCGUCCUUCCAAGAGGGACCUGACUACACCUCUGGCUCGCCUCGGUGUCCGCUACACCACUCACCACCAGUGCCAGCUCCAGUACGGCCCAAAUGCCACCUUCUGCCCCGAGGUCGACAAUGUGUGUCAGAUUCUGUGGUGCUCAGUAAACGGGACGUGUCGAUCCAAACUGGACUCGCCCAUAGAUGGGACUCGAUGUGGACCAGAGAAGUGGUGUAUUUCCGGGGAGUGUGUGAUCGUGGGGAAACUCCCAGAGACAGUGAAUGGAGGCUGGGGCCAGUGGAGCACCUGGUCUCACUGCUCCAGGACCUGUGGAGCAGGAGCCCAGACCGCAGAGAGGGAGUGCAACAACCCCAAACCGGAGUUUGGAGGGAAGUACUGCACCGGAGAACGGAAACGGUAUCGCACCUGCAACACAAAACCCUGCCAGCAGGAAAAGCCGUCCUUCCGAGAGAUGCUGUGCAGUGAGUUUGACACUGUGCCCUACCACAACGAGCUGUACCAGUGGAUUCCCGUGGCCAACCCAAUGAAUCCCUGUGAGCUGCACUGUCGGCCAGUCACCGAGUAUUUUUCUGAGAAGCUGCUCGACACAGUGACGGACGGAACGCCGUGCUUCAUGAACAACAAGUCCAGAAACAUCUGCGUGAACGGCGUGUGCAAGGAGGUGGGCUGCGACUACGGCAUCGACUCAAACGCAGUGGAGGACCACUGCGGAGUCUGCCUGGGCGACGGCUCGAGCUGCGAGAUGGUCCACAAGUCGUUUGAUGACGAGGACGGCUUCGGGUACGUGGACGUGGGCGUGAUACCUGUGGGGGCGCGGGACAUCCUGGUGAAGGAAAUGGAGGAGGCAGGUAACUUCCUGGCUCUGAGGAGCGCCGCGUCAGAGGAGUACUUCCUCAACGGCAACUACAUCAUCCAGUGGAACGGGGAGUACGAAGCCGGCGGGACGACGUUCUAUUACGAACGCAAGGGGAACAUAGAGAACCUCACCGCUCCCGGGCCCAUCACUGAGCCCGUCAUGCUGCAGUUGCUGUUUCAGGAGAGAAAUCCAGGUCUGAAGUUCGAAUACACCAUGAAGAAGACCAAAGACAGUCAAAACGAUGUCUUGGAGCCCAUUUACCAGUGGAGACAUGGGGCUUGGACAGACUGCAGUACCACAUGUGGUUUAGGGGAGCAACAUCAGCCCGCACGCUGUUUUGAGGUGGAUGUGGGCGUAGUGGAUGAGUCCCUGUGUGACCCAGACGCCCGUCCAGAAGACAAACACCGGAAGUGCAAGAACAUGGACUGCCCUGCUCGGUGGUGGGUCGGCGGUUGGCAGCAGUGCACAGCCACCUGCGGGUCUGAUGGAGUGAGGAAGCGAACGGUUCUGUGUGUGCGCACUGUUUCAGGAGAGGAGAGAGUGCUCCACCCUGUGGAGUGCAAGCACCUCCUGAAACCUAAACCCAUAGUGCCGUGCAACAGAGACGUGCCCUGUGGACAGGAGUGGUCCGUCAGCGGCUGGGAAGACUGUCCAGUUACAUGCGGAGGAGGCGUUCGCUCGCGCACAGUCACAUGUUCCCUGGCGCCAAAAUCGACCUGUGACCUCUCCACCAAGCCUCGAUCCAGAUCCCUGUGCGGCUUGCAGAGCUGCCCCAACUCCAGCCUCCGCAGGCGACCUGGGUCUGUGCCGAAAUACCGCCGCAUAGACCCCCCGAAGGUCGCCUCAACAAAGCGUCCUGCUUCGCCUGCACGGACCCCCGAGACCACCACGGCCACCGCUACACCCACGAGGAAGAAAAUAACCAUCAAAGCGGCUACGACUGUUUCCACCUCUACCACUGUUUUCCCUUCGACUCCCGAAACCAUAAACUCGGAUGACUAUGAGUACACCGAUGUGAGGAAAAAUGUCCCGACUGAAUCCGACUCAUCUGAGAAGGAUGGAAAAGCAGAAGAAGAAAGGGAGGAAGCAGAGGAGGGGAGCACUCCCAACGCGGUGAUGUACACUCCAGGAUAUGAUUAUGUAGUUGAGGAGAGGACAACGGAGGAAGAGGGGAUAAUUGACCUGGAUGUUUUUACCACAGCGACAUCGCACCAAAUGUCCACCAAGCCCGCGCCGCACACACUCAUCACACCCACUUUACAAACAAGUCCGCCGACGGUGCCCACAACCAGAGCUCCAUCAACCACAGCCGCCUACUCCACCUCCCGAACCAGCACUGCCGCAUGGACGAAGGCCAUCCGCCGCACGCCGGCCGCCCACGCCACCACACGCAUUAACACGCGCAAUUACUGGACAAAGCAGGCGCCGCUCACCACUCCCGCGUACCGGCGCCCCUCGGUCACGUCAAAACCCGGACACAACUCCAAACCAGUCCCCACAUCAACCCCUAGAAAACCGUUCACCACCGCCGCAUCGCCACAGUCCACAGUGAAGAUCAUCAAACUGAAGAAGCCCGCCGUGACGCCCAAGAAAAACAACCCCGUCUCUCGAGGGAAAAAGCCGGCCCCCCGAACUAAAAGUAGCCCCCCUAAGAGCCAAAAUGAGCCGCUGGGAGUCCCUGAGGGAAGUCCGGCCGAUGACCACAGCAACGUGAUGGCCCGAGAGCCCGUCACCAUCGACUUAUUCUGGAUAGUCGGAAACUGGAGUGAGUGUUCGACCACGUGUGGAAUCGGAGCGAUAUGGAGAACAGUCAUGUGCAGCUCCCAGAAGGACGAGGACUGCGCCAGCGUGAAGCGACCCGAGCCGGCGCGUACGUGCCACCUGCAGCCCUGUGCCACCUGGCAGAGCAGCAGCUGGAGCAAGUGUCCGGACGACUGCGCCGCGGUGGGACGGCGGUACCGGGACGUCCAGUGCGUGGAUUCUCAGAGCAAACGUCCCCUCAGACCGUUCCACUGCCAGGCUGUGACCAGCCGGCCCGUCAGCUCCUUGACUUGCCCCAACAAGACCUGCAUGAAAUGGAGCGCGUCACCUUGGGGGCCGUGCUCGGGCAGCUGUGGUGAAGGCAUCAGGGAGCGGCUGGUGUAUUGCCCUGAGCCUCAUCGCUGCAGCACAUCGCUGAGGCCAAACAGCUCCGAGCCAUGCAGUUUGAAGCCCUGCACACACUGGGAGACCGGGGACUGGGACAAGUGCUCUGCCAGUUGUGGCGGAGGUCAGCAGCAGCGUGAGGUCCACUGUGUGAGCGAGCAGGAUUUGGCCGUGAUGCCAAACAGCCUCUGCGAAAAGAUUUCCAAACCGGAAAUGCUCAGAAAGUGCAAUAUGCAGGAAUGCAAGGCGAACGCAGUCCCAGCUUGCAGGAAGAACACCAUGUCCUCCCGCUUCUGCGACAAGCUGAAGCUGCUGGGUCGCUGCACUCUCAGGUCGGUCCAGAGACAGUGCUGCGUCACCUGCAGGACCAAGUCGGGGUCGGACUCGUCGCAAAUGCAUCAGUUACUGUACCCUGGUGGACAGUCAUCCACAGAAUAACAACCCCCCACCCCUGCAAAAGAAAAAAAAACACUUCAACAAGCACCACUUUAACAGCACAACCAAAGAAAACUCUGCAAGCA